AUGCGACCGCCCCCUGACGGGCCCGUGACGCUGACCUUCGAGGGGACAGCUUCCCGCGGGGGAAGCUCAGUGCGGGUCGGGGGAGGAGGGGAAGACCGCGGGACGCGUUGCCGGGAAGCUCGAAUGGGAAGCCAGGGGAACGGGCGUUUCUGCGUGGCGGCCGGAGACGCAGACGGGACCGAGCGGGGUGUGGCGCAGGCGUGGAGCGAGGCGAGGGCGCGCACGCUGGCUCUCCUGGGCGUCUCCCUGCUUGUGGCCGGCAGCCAGGUGCUCCUCCCUCUCCUGAGAGCCAAGGACCUGCUCUGGGGGGCGUCCGGGGACCCGCCCGUGCUCCGCGUCCUGGAGGAGAGCCGGCUCCUGGUGGACGGCGCCGCCUACAGCGCCCUGCACAGAGACCUCAAGAAAAGAGGCCUCUCCCCGUCGCAGCUCCUGUCUGCUGCCAAGCUCCCCGAGCCGGCCAGCCGGGCCGCCGCCCGUGCGGCAGAGAUCAUGGAGGCCUCGGUGCAGGCGAUGAGGCGGAGGGCUGGCCGCAGGCCGGCAGGGCUCCCAACAGACGCGCUGCCGCAGGACCUGCUGGACGUGAUCGCCAACGUGUCGGGCUGCCGAGUCCACACGCGGCCCCCGCGCUGCCCGGGCUCCUGCUUGGCCGACAAGUACAGGCUCAUCACGGGCGCUUGCAACAACAGGGACCAUCCCAGGUGGGGCGCCUCCAACACAGCCCUGGCCAGGUGGCUGCCGCCUUCCUACGAGGACGGCAUCAGUGAGCCCCGAGGCUGGAACCCCCACUUCUUGUACAACGGGGUCCCCCUGCCCCCGGUCUGGGAGGUGACGAGGCAGGUCAUUCAAGCUCCCAACGAGGCUGUGACCGAGGACGACCAAUAUUCGGACCUGCUGGUGGCGUGGGGGCAGUACAUCGACCACGACAUCGCGUUCACGCCGCAGAGCACCAGCGGGGCCGCGUUCGGGGGAGGCGCCGACUGCCAGCUCAGCUGCGAGAACCGGAGCCCGUGCUUCCCCAUACAGCUCCCAGCCAACGCCUCAGGGACCUUGGGCACCACCUGCUUGCCCUUCUAUCGAUCGUCCGCCGCCUGCGGAACCGGAGCCCAAGGCGCCUUGUUUGGCAACCUGUCCUCCGCGAACCCGCGACAACAGAUGAACGGGUUGACCUCCUUCCUGGACGCGUCCACCGUGUAUGGCAGCUCCCCGGCCCUGGAGAAGCAGCUGCGGAACUGGACCAGCGCGGAGGGGCUGCUCCGGGUCAACACGCGCCACCAGGACGCCGGCCGCGCCUACCUCCCCUUCGCCCCACCGCGCGCACCCCCGGUCUGUGCCCCCGAGCCCGGCGCCCAGGGCCCUGCCCCCUGCUUCCUGGCCGGGGACAGCCGCGCCAGCGAGGUCCUCUCCCUGGCGGCCCUGCACACGCUGUGGCUGCGCGAGCACAACCGCCUGGCGGCCGCGCUCAAGACCCUCAACCCGCACUGGAGCGCAGACACCGCCUACCAGGAGGCGCGCAAGGUCGUGGGCGCCCUGCACCAGAUCAUCACCUUGCGGGACUACGUCCCCAAGAUCCUGGGCCCUGAGGCCUUCGAGCAGCACGUGGGCCUCUACAAGGGCUAUGACGCCACCGUGGACCCCACGGUGUCCAACGUGUUCUCCACGGCCGCCUUCCGCUUCGGCCAUGCCACGGUGCACCCGCUGGUGCGGCGGCUGGACGCCCGCUUCCAGGAGCGCCUGCCCCCGCUGCUGCUGCGCCAUGCCUUCUUCAGCCCCUGGAGGCUCCUCAAGGAAGGUGGCGUGGACCCCCUGGUGCGGGGGCUCCUCGUGCAGCCGGCCAAGCGGCAGGCGCCGGCCCAGCUGGUGAGCGAGGAGCUGACCGACCGGCUGUUUGUGCUGACCAGCGAGGGCACCUUUGACCUGGCUUCGCUGAACCUGCAGCGGGGCCGGGACCACGGCCUACCAGGUUACAACGCCUGGCGGGCGUUCUGCGGCCUGCCCCGGCUGCGCUCGCGGGCUGGCCUGCGCGGCGUCGUGGCCAACGGGAGCGUUGCCGACCGGAUCAUGGACUUGUACAAGCACCCCGACAACAUCGACGUCUGGCUGGGCGGCUUGGUGGAGGGCUUCCUGCCGGGCGCCCGGACGGGCCCCCUGUUCGCGUGCAUCAUCGGGAGGCAGAUGAGGGCCCUGCGGGACGGGGACCGGUUUUGGUGGGAGCGCGGCGGCGUGUUCACCGAGGCGCAGCGCCGGGAGCUGGGGAAGCACUCUCUGUCCAGGGUCCUCUGCGACAACACCGGCCUCCCCCGCGUGCCCGCCGACGCCUUCCGCGUCGCCCGCUUCCCCCAGGACUUCGAGCCGUGCGCAGACGUCCCCGGCCUGGACCUGGACGCGUGGAGGGAGGCGGCUCCCCCAGGGGACACCUGCAGCUUCCCCGGGCGCGUGGAGAACGGGGACGUCACGCUCUGUGGCGACGCUGGACAGCGUGUGCUGGGGUUCUCCUGCCGCCACGGGUUCGCGCUCCAGGGCCCAGAGCAGCUCACGUGCACCCCCCGAGGCUGGGACUCCCAGCCCCCUGUUUGUAAAGACGUGGACGAGUGCAGAGCCGGGGCGGAGACCCCCUGCCACGUGUCCGCCCGCUGCCGGAACACCCAGGGCAGCUUCCGCUGCGAGUGCUCCGACCCGUACGUGUUAGCGGAAGACGGCAGGACCUGCGUCGACUCCGGGAGGCUCCCGCGGGCGUCCGUGGUGUCCGUGGUGCUCGGCGCCCUGCUGGUCUGCGUCCUGGCAGCCCUCACCUGGACGGCCAUCUGCUGGUGGUGAGUGCCCUCGGGCGGCCGGCGCUCGCUUCCCGG